AUGCUCAGUCCGGGACCUGCCAUCUUUUGUGCCGCCUCGCCGCCUCCGCAUCCGCAUCCGCCCUCGACACCGACGCCGUCGCCGACGACGACACCAACGGCAGCAGCAUCGCCGGCGCCUCACGAGGAGGCCGAGCCGGGCGGCCUGGAGCGACGCUCGUUCAUGAUUUUCGACAUUCUCGAGCCGCCGGCUGCAGCCGGCACCGACAGCCACGACCGGCCGCCCCACGAGGCCGCCAACAGCCUCGUGGCCCUCACGGCCGCCAUGUUGCGCUCGUUCGAGGCGGCGGGCUCGAGUCCCGGCCAGGCCGUGACCAACGAGCCGAUGGCGCCGUUUGCGAGUCUGGCCGCGGGUCGCCUGGCGGGCCCGUUGCAGCAGAUGCUCGCCCAAUUCUGGCCCGGCCUCCAGGCGACGUCGGACCGCCUCGAGGCGUGGCGCAGACCGACGGACCGAGACAGAGGCCUCUUCCCCAGCCUCCGUCUCCGGCUACAACCGCAACACCAGCACCGACACAACAGGCAACAACAGCAGGGAGAUAGGAAAGUGCACAGACACGGCGCCGACGUGUGCAACGGAUACGAGACGACAGACGAACAAGGCGUCACGUUGAAUGGAGGGAGGGAAGCAGAUGACACGAGGCGAGAAAGGAGGCAACAACAGCAAGAAGAGGCGAGGAAUGACGACGACGACGACGACGACGAUGACGAUGACGAUGACGAUGAUGAUAAAGAAGGUGAUAAUGAUGACGAUGAAGAGGAGGAAGGGGAAGAAGAA